ACUACUAAUAAUAAUACUGUAAUACCAGUGUAUAUACUGUAGCGAUAAUAGCGCUCAUAUUAUUAGGUCAUUCAGUGGUUAUUAUAAUUACAAACAAUAACUGUUUUGUUUUGUUUUGUUGUUAUUUGGAGACCAAUUGUGCGGUGAUAUCGGAGACGACUUCUGAAGCCAUCAGCAGCGGUCAAACACCUGUUAGUGGACAACAUUAUGGCCGAUAUAUUGUUGACAAAAAACGCCGUCAAUAACGCCAACAACAACAACAACAACAACACUAACAUCGCCAGCGACGACAUCGAUAUGGAUGACGAGUCGGACAUUCAAGUUAUCGAUCAUAUCAUCAAAUCAAAGGAAGAACAGGCGGAGGCCAAGAAAGAAGAGGGAAAUAAACUUUAUAAACAAAAACGAUAUAACGAUGCCAUCAAAUACUAUACCCAAGCGAUAGACUUAUGUCCGUCUUCGGCCACCUAUUACGGCAAUCGGUGCGCGUGUCAGCUGAUGGCACAGCGAUAUCAGGCGGCACUAGUGGACGCCCAGAAAGCUACACAAUUGGAUCCCGGAUUUGUCAAAGGCUACCUCAGAGAAGCCAAAUGUCAUAUACUGUUUGGCCAGACAAACGAAGCCCGACGUUGUCUCGAUAAAGUCAAACUACAUGAACCUAACCAACCCUUGCAACCGGAAAAACGUAGUCUGGAUGACCUGGAAAAGCAUAUCAAAGAAUCGAAUCGUUAUUCGGCUAACGGUGACCAUCGGACAGCACUGUACAACAUACGUAAAGCGUUGGAAACGGCCAGCGAAUCUGUACCAUUGAAACUGAUGAAAGCCGAAUGUCUGGUACUGCUCGGCAAACACUCGGAAGCCCAGGAGAUUGUCAACGAUAUACUACGUUUCGAUCAGACAAAUGCCGACGCCAUCUACAUCCGUGGUAUGGCUUUGUAUUAUACGGAUAAUCUGGACAAAGCCUACCAGCAUUUCAAACAAGUUUGUACACUGAAUCCGGAUCACGUAAAAGUGAAAAAAGUGUUCAAAAAAGCUAAACAAUUGAUGAGCCAAAAACAAGAUGGUAACGACGCCCUCAAAGAUAACAAAGUGGAAGAUGCCGUCCGAAUCUAUACGGAAGCCCUGACUACCGAUCCGUUGAAUACGUUAACCAAUGCUAAGAUCUAUUUUAAUCGAUCGAUUGCUUACGCAAAGCUCAAGAAACUAAAUGAAGCCAUCGAUGACUGUUCCUCUGCCUUAAAAUUAGACGAAAACUAUUUCAAAGCCUACUUAAGGAGAGGUAAACUCUAUAUAGAUAAUGAACAGUACGAAGAGGCUGUCCGUGACUAUGAAACCGUCUACAAGAAGGAUAAGAGCCGAGAAAACAAACAAUUGUUAGACAAUGCAAAGCUUGAGCUGAAAAAAUCCAAACGAAAAGAUUAUUACAAAAUACUAGGCGUACCGAAGUCGGCCAACGAGGACGAGAUCAAAAAAGCCUACCGAAAGCUGGCUGUUAUGCAUCAUCCGGACAAACAUUCGACAGCACCGGAAGCCGAACGCAAAGAUCACGAAAAGAAGUUUAAAGAAGUCGGUGAAGCUUACGCUGUACUAUCGGAUGCCGAAAAACGCAAGAUCUAUGACCGACACGGCGAAGAAGGUCUGAAAAGCGAUUCGUUUGGCGGUAGCGAUCCGUUUGCCAGUUUUUUCGGCGAUUUUGGUUUUUUCGGUGACGGUUUCGGUCAUAGCGGCGGCGGCGGUAGAGGUGGUGGUGAACGCGAGAUACCCAAAGGCGGCGACGUAGUGAUGGAUUUGUGGGUAACACUCGAAGAGCUAUAUAGCGGUAAUUUUGUGGAAGUUGUCAGGAAAAAAUCGGUCUACAAGGCGUCGAGCGGUACCCGCAAGUGUAAUUGCCGCCAGGAAAUGGUUACCCGACAGCUGGGUCCCGGCCGGUUUCAGAUGAUGCAGCAGCAAGUGUGCGACGAGUGUCCCAAUAUGGAUCUGGUACCCGAAGAGAAACUUCUGGAGAUCGAGAUCGAGGCCGGUAUGAGCGAUGGCCAGACACAGACGUUCAUUGCCGAAGGCGAACCGCACAUCGAUGGCGAACCGGGCGAUCUGAAAGUCCGUAUCCGAACUCAGCCGCACACGACGUUCGAACGUCGGGGCGACGACCUGUACACCAAUGUUACCAUUUCGCUGACCGAUGCACUGGUCGGCUUUCAGAUGACUGUCCCGCAUCUGGACGGCCACAAAGUACAGGUAUCGCGCGACAAGAUUACCUGGCCGGGGGCUCGUAUGCGCAAACCUGGCGAAGGUAUGCCCAACUACGAGAACAACAAUCUUCGGGGAACUCUGUAUAUCACUUUCGAUGUCGACUUUCCCAAAGGCGAACUAACCGUCGAUCACCGAAAACAAAUCAAAGAGAUUCUCAACGAAGACUCAAAAACUAAAGCCUAUAAUGGCUUAAGAGGUUAUUAAACGAUUAAAGUUUAGGAUUUAUUUUAUUUAACAAAAAAUAAUUAGUUAUUAUUAUUAUUAUUAUU